AUGAACUUUAAAACCCACGACACGUGCGACACUGGUUGUUGCAAGCAAACACCAGUAGCUUCCCAAACCCUAGACGAAAUGGAAUUUGAAAGAGGAAUCUGGUCUGCAGCGAUGUACGGUGAAAUAGACAAAAUGCAAAAAUGCCUCGAUAAAAAUCAAGUGACCGUAAACACGAUGGACCAAUACGGCUUCACUGCCUUGCACUACGCGGCCAGGAACGGCCAAUUGGAAGCGUGCAAAUUUCUGGUCGAGAGAGGCGCUGAUUUUAAUGCGCAGACCAAAGAGUUAAGGGCCACGCCACUGCAUAGGGCGGUAACAGUAGGUAUAACUAAUAUUCUUAAUAUUUUUAAAUGUUUAAAGCACGCUGCACAACAGCCCGGUAACGAGAACGCGAACCUAAACGGUAAAGGACACCAACCUGUAGUGGAAUACUUACUAACAAAAGGUGCAAAUGUAAAUUUAAAAGAUGCUGAUGGAAAAUUGGCCCUUGAUAGAGCCAUUGAGAGCAAACGAGAAUAUAUAAUUAAAAUUUUAAAAGAAAAAACCCACCGUAGUGCGGUCUUUGCGACCGCAGCGAAUUUUCGUUUUUGUUUAUCUUAUCCUCCCUUCAAUAUCAUAGAACCGUAUUCUUGUUACCUUCAAGUGGGUGCAUUAUCAGUACGCUGCGAAAAUUUGAAGUGGCUACUUGACCCGGUGUGCAAUAAAAACAGGGCUAAAUUUAGGGAGCGGUCACAGUGA